UUUGGGGUGGUUUUGAUACCAAAAUGACAACCCUAGAUGACAUUUUGGAGAACGUUGGAGAAUUUGACAGGUUUCAGAAGCAAAUCUUCUUUGUCCUGUGCUUGCUUUCUGCUGCUUUCACCCCGGUGUAUGUGGGUGUCGUCUUCUUUGGGUUCACCCCCGAGCAUCGCUGCUUCAGUCCCGGGGUGGCUGAGCUGAGCCAGCGCUGUGGCUGGAGCGUGGGGGAGCAGCUGAAUCACACAGUUCCCGAGUGGGGUGGCCAUGGCCAUGGGGCCAGUUUCAGCAGCCGCUGCAGGAGGUACGAGGUGGACUGGAACACGACGGGCGUCAGCUGCACCGACCCCCUUGGCAGCCUCGUGGGCAACCAGAGCACCAUCCCCCUCGGUCCCUGCCGGGACGGCUGGGUCUACGACUCCCCGGGAACCUCUCUCGUGACUGAGUUUAACCUGGUGUGUGAGGACUCCUGGAAGCUGGACCUCUUUCAGUCUUCUGUGAAUGCUGGGUUUUUUAUUGGCUCCAUAAACAUUGGCUACAUAGCAGACAGGUUUGGCCGUAAAUUUUGCAUCUUAAAUACAAUUCUUGCAAAUGUUGUCUGCGGAAUCCUUCUGGUCUUUCUGCCCACCUACCUGUGGAUAGUCAUCCUCCGGUUCUUGCAAGGGCUGGUCAGCAAGGGCUGCUGGACCGCAGGCUACAUCCUGGUGACGGAAGUCGUCGGUCCGAAGUACCGGAGGACGGUGGGCAUCCUCUACCAGACGGCCUUCUCCGUUGGGCUCCUGGUCUUUGAUGCCAUCGCUUACGCCAUCCCUCACUGGCGGUGGCUGCAGCUCACCGUCACCCUGCCGAGCUGCUUCUUCCUGUUCUACUACUGGUGCCUCCCAGAGUCUCCCAGGUGGCUGAUCUCUCAAGGAAAAAAUGACAAAGCUAUGAAAAUUGUCAGUGACAUGGCUAAAAAAAAUCGGAAAAAGAUGCCUUCCCAUUUUGAGGAUAUUAAAUUUGAGGAGGAAGAUUGUGAAAAGCAGCGUCCUUCAUUCAUUGACCUUGUAAGGACACCACAGAUGAGAAAAAACACAUUCAUUUUGAUGUACAACUGGUUUACGAGCUCCGUCCUCUACCAGGGUCUCAUCAUGCACAUGGGAGUAGCCGCUGGGAACAUGUAUCUGGAUUUCCUCUAUUCUGCGCUUGUUGAGUUCCCAGCCGCCUUCAUCAUCAUCGUCACCAUCGACCGCGUCGGGCGACGCUACCCCUGGGCUGCAGCGAACCUGGUGGCUGGGGCCGCCUGCCUUGUCACAGCCCUGAUCCCGGAGGACAUACAUUGGCUAAAAGUGAUGGCUGCUUGCAUCGGGAGGAUGGGAAUCACAACGGCUUUUGAAAUGGUUUGCUUUGUAAACACAGAACUGUAUCCAACAUACAUCAGGAACCUCGGGGUGAUGGUCUGCUCCUCGUUGUGCGAUGUUGGUGGAGUCAUCGUCCCAUUCAUUGUCUACAGACUGGUGGAAGUCUGGCACGAUCUGCCGCUGAUAGUCUUCACUGUUCUUGGUUUGAUUGCGGGCGGAUUGGUGUUGCUUCUGCCUGAAACUAAAGGAAGAGUUUUGCCUGAGACUGUUGAAGAUGUUGAAAACUUUCACAGGCAAAGUACUCCAAAGGCCAAAAAGAUCUAUCUCCAUGUCCAAACGUCAGAAGUAGCACAUAACUGAAGAAGGCAUAACUCUUUCUGGGUUGUCUGCUUUAAAGCACUAGUGUGGAAAGGCAAAUUGGAAUAAAUAC